GCCUGAUAUAUAUCAAGCUAGUAUUUAUACUAGCAUUACACAAAAACAAAAAUAUGCAUAUGGUUUUGGCAUGGCUAAAGACAAGCUAAAAUUUGCUCUUGAUAAUCGAAUAACUAUUAAUAUUACUAGGAUUAAAAAUCUAAAAAAAUUGAAGCACAAAGAAUAUUCAAAGAUUCUGAAACCUAUACCAAGUGUUCAAGAUUUAAAUACAGGACAAUUAAAUAAAAAACAGAAUAUUAAAGAAAGUUUAAAAAAAUAUAAUGAAGCAG